AACAGCUGAUUGUGAGCGAUGCUCGUGAUCGUGUUGGCCGGUGGUGUGCGAUAACAGUGAAAGCAAGAUGUUUAUAAACCUUCUCAAACGGAGUGAAAUUAGAACACUAUCCUAUCGUUCGGUGCGUCAACUGUCUUGCCUUAGCAAUGGUUUCAGGUGCUACGGAGAAUGUUUGGCACCGCACGACUCACGACGAUCGGCGCUUGGAGAGGAAAGAUUUCGUAAUCGACAGCUGAUACCCAGCGAUCGACCAGCACUUCGCCAGUUCUCGAGCAGCAGCAAUGAAAGUAAAACUGCAGCUGAGUUGACCCGAGCACCGCCCAACACGAAGGAGGAGGAGGACAGUGUUGCGAAACAGUCCAAGAAGCUGCAGUUACGAUCGUCGGACGUGAAACGUUUGCUGGGCUUUGCGAAAUCGGAGCAAUGGCACAUCGCAGGAGGCAUCGGUUGCUUGAUAAUUUCGUCCGCAAUCACCAUGUCCGUCCCGUUCGCGAUGGGCAAAAUUCUGGACGUGAUCUUUGCCGGGUCUACCGAAACGGGCAUAGCGAAGGAACAGCUCGAUAAGCUGUGUCUGGUGUUGGGCGGAGUGUUUCUUCUCGGCGGACUGGCCAACUUUGCGCGCGUCUAUUUGUUUAGCAAUGCUUCGCUGCGAAUAACGAACGCCAUCCGUGCGAAGGUGUACAGCUCGAUGUUGAACCAGGAGUCCGGUUGGUUCGAUCGGAAAGGCACCGGGGAACUGGUCAAUCGGUUAUCCGCGGACACCUAUAUGGUGGGCAAUUCGCUCAGCAUGAACCUGUCCGAUGGGUUGCGCUCGACCGCGAUGAUAUUGGCCGGGUCGGGCAUGAUGGUCUACACGUCGCCCCAUCUUGCCCUGGUUGGCACGUGCAUCGUCCCGGUGGUGGCCGGCGGAGCAGUCGUUUACGGAAGGUACGUCCGUAACAUAACCCGCGAGCUCACGGACAAGUACGCCGAGAUUAUGAAGGUUGGUGAAGAGCGGCUGGGAAACGUGAAAACGGUGAAGAUGUUCUGCAAGGAGCGCUUCGAGAAGCAACUGUUUUCCGAGCAGCUGAUGGACGCUCUCAACAUUGGCUAUCGGGAAACUCGGGCUCGGGCAACAUUUUAUGGAAUGACGGGUCUUUCGGGAAAUAUCAUCAUCCUUUCGGUGCUCUACUAUGGCGGUACGAUGGUGAACAAUGCAGAAAUGACAAUUGGGGCCCUUACUUCGUUCAUCCUGUACGCCGGCUACACUGCCAUCUCGAUUGGUGGUCUCAGCAAUUUCUACACGGAACUCAACAAAGGCGUGGGGUCGGCGAGCCGGCUCUGGGAGAUCAUCGAUCGUAAAUACACGAUCCCGAUCGAGGGAGGAACCAAACUACUUAACCCACCGGCCGGCGAAAUACGGUUUAACGAUGUCGUAUUUCGGUAUCCUUCCCGACCGGAUGCUGCCAUUUUGAGUGGAGCCAAUCUGACGAUUGAACCUGGCACCACGACGGCCGUUGUAGGCCGCAGUGGCUCGGGAAAGUCGACUAUCGCAUCUCUAGUGCUACGGUUGUACGAUCCGGUGCAGGGCUCCGUACUGCUGGAUGGAACCGAUUUGCGCGAACUGAAUCCAACAUCGCUGCGGCGGUACAUUGCCGCUGUUAAUCAAGAACCGAUCCUAUUUAGUGGCACCGUACGGGAAAACAUUCUGUACGGACUAAACAUGGGCGAAAAGAUCUCCGAAAGUCAGUUCGAGCGUGUGGUACGUGAGGCGCACGUGGACGAAUUUGUGCGUGGAUUCCCGGACGGACUGAACACGCUCGUUGGACAGCGUGGUGUAAUGCUUAGCGGUGGCCAGAAGCAACGGGUGGCCAUCGCGCGGGCGAUCAUAAGAAAUCCGAAAAUUCUUAUUCUCGAUGAGGCCACAAGCGCAUUGGAUGCGGUGUCGGAAGAGCUGAUACAAAAUGCCCUGGAGAGGUUAACGAAGAACCGUACCGUGUUGACGAUAGCGCACCGGCUAAGCACGAUUCGGAAUGCGACCAACAUAGCGGUGCUGCAGGACGGUCGGAUCGUGGAGCAGGGUAAUUACGAUCAGCUGAUGGCCACCGAAGGUGGCGUGUUCCGGGAGUUGGUACAACGGCAAACGUUUAGCUCCACUGCCGUCAGCUGAAGCGCAAUAUUAGUAUUUAUUUAGUGCGAUUGGGUUAUUAUGUCAAAGGAUGUGUUAAUAUCGAUUCCUAUUUUGUUUCCUGCAAAGCCGAGAGAAAUACAAAAGUUUUUUAGUGAA